GUACUGACCUUGUUCAUAGGUCAAUGUCACAUUCGGGGGCAUUCGUCACAUACUGUGACAGCUCUUGGUUGGUUUGUAAAAGGAGAUAUUGUAUUUUCACAUUCUUUUGUGUAUAGAUCCCACAUCUUCUUUAUGUUUAGUUCAUGCGAUAAGUAGUCUUUUCUGGAUGAUUUGCGUUUGUAGUGGGAUUCCAUCGUUGGGAAAGAUUCAAUGUGUUUUUUGACAAAGGUGACUCUUUCAAAAUCUAGCUUGUUGGCUGAACUUGAGGUCCCUCUUCUAUCACUCUCAGCGAAUGAACCAUGUUUUUUCAUUGCUAGAGUGUAGUAUAUUACUUUCCUAUUUAUAUCUAGUGUUCUGGUAAAAAAAGUCCUUGCAAACACGUUCUUUUCUGUCAUUAUGUGUGAGAAAGAAUUUCUGUGAUACUGUUUUCUUUCCUUUGCCUUUCCAGCUUGGUGUGCCUCUUUCAACCAUUUCACAAAUGAACUGCUUUUGACGCUCAUAACUAUCCAAAGUGUUAUACAGUGUAAAAAUGCCUUCCCUUUGUUCCUCUGUAAAUUUAUCACCACAUUUGAGCGUACAUUUUAUACAGUUAUGAGCCUGAACCUUUUUAGCUGCGAAUCUUUUUCUAGUUGCAGAUAAUUAUUCUUUCCCUUUAUUAUUUUUUUUUUCUCAGGUUUCUUUUCCAUUUUUCAUUUUAUCUUUCUGCUUGAAAUUCUUUUCUGGACUUUGGUAUGAUGCCUGUUUGUGUGGGGUGGUUUCAAUAUGCAUAGUCGAACUGUGUGACUCAUCAUGAUUGAUAUAUGAGUCUGAUUCAACAAGAGGUGAAAUUAUGUUUAUUUAUAGAAUGUCAACAUGAUCCCUGUCGUCAUUUGAAUAAGAUUUUACUCCAUCGUAGUGUUUCUGUCCACGAAGUGCUAAAUAAGCGAGGCAAAUGAUUUUGUUCAUUGCUUGCUCAGGUUUGAUCUCAUUGACUGGUGUUGAUACUGAAGUUUAAUACAUUCUUACAGUGCUUUCUGUAAUGUUUGCCACUGCCAAUGGAGCAAAAUCUGCUAUAUCUAAAUCCCACUGACCAUUUGUCUUCAACAAAUCAACGUCUCUAAGAAGCGCUUCUUUAGAAUUGCCAAUAUGUUUGGCCAAAAAUGACAUGUAUUUAUCAGCAUUUUCAACUGACCGUUUAGAUUCUUCAUUCUGCGAACAAAUUGGUAACACAUACUAACUAUCUUGUCAAGAAACUAAAAGUUAAAGAUGAGCACUUUUAGAUGAAAUCGGAAGAAUACAAGUUACCAAACUAUAUUGAAUAUAAACAUAUUUGUAUUAAUAUUGUGCUUAUUUUGUUUCAAGCAUGUUUCAUCAGCUAUCGCUGUAUUGGUAUAAUAGCAUUUAAAAUGUUGAGCAUAAUAAGAAAAACAUACUUUUAUUUACAGGUGUAGCCAUUAUGAAUAUAUCACGUGGAGCUUGUUUUCUUCCUCAAACUGAUAUGAAAGUAAUUAACUGCAUCUUACGUUGUUAACACUUUCUUUGCUUGUUAUCUCUAAAUGGAGGAAACAACUGGCCAUAAUUAGAUAUUUGAUACUUGAUAUAAGCAUCUGGAUUGUGUAUUCAUUCUGGUGCAAAAAUGUACCAAGUAAACAAUUUUUAUUUAUAAAUACUUUUGAGUACGUUCUCUUUCAAAAUACAAAAAGGCACCAUGUGUCAAAUGGCGCUUUGUUGCAUGACAUUUUUUAAAUUUUUAUUUCAUAACGUAUGUGCAAAAAGGUACCAUGUGUCAUAUGGUACAUUUUUGCAUAGAUUAUUCAUCACUUUGUACCUUUUUGUAAACAGAAAAUGAAAGAUAUUCACUUGAUACCUUAAUGUUUGUUUUCUUUAUAUCUUUACACUGAUAGUAAUGUAUAUAUAAUAUUUUCACAUUAUGAAGAUUUCAUAAAUUUACAAUGAAAUAUGCCUGACUAGGGUUAAUGAAAUGUCAACGGGCUAGUGUCUCGAAAUCGUUCAAAUACAGUUAACCUGCAGCCCAGCGCAUUUUAACAUCAUGAAACACCCUCGAAAUGUUAAAAUAAUAUAUUUCACUGAAAAAAUAAAUCGAACCACAACCACGUUUAUUUCUGUAUAUCGAUAUGAGGAUGCUCACUUGCCCAUUUCUUAAUUGCUGUACGCAAUUAUUUGCACGUUCCCAAUUAAACAAUCCUAAUAUUUUCCCGUCUUACCCUCUUAUAAAUCAAUUCAUCACUGAACUCAGAGAAUCUUAUUUUUGAUUGUUGUACUCACCGAAGUCCACUUUUAGCAUUUUCCGACAUUUUGGAACACUGAUGACUCUCGGUCGAAGCAGGGUUGAAAAUGGUCAGGGUCAAAAGGUUAAAUGACGUCACCAGAGUUAAAGCUCUUGCCGUUCAUGAGGAACCCGUAUGACUCUAGUCGGAACUCGGGUUCGUCGUGAACUUAGCCAAAAGCAUUUGAACGCAAAGGCCAAGGUUUAAAGCACAUGUUUUGGACCUGCGGCUAUUAAAGGCCUAACUAUAGAACAUGUCAACAAAAGAGGUUGAUGUGGUGAUAGUGGGUGCAGGUAUAGCGGGACUGUCGUGUGCCAGGUACCUGCUGAAGAAGGAUGAAACACUCAACAUUGUCAUCUUGGAAGGCAAGGAUCGAGUUGGUGGGCGGACCUUGUCAGUUCCCCUGAAGACUGAUGAUGGCACGAACACCUGGGAUCUUGGUGCUCAUUGGGUUGGCAGGUGCCAACCACAUAUAAUGAGGCUCGUUGGGGAGCUUGGGUUGAAGACCCACGAGCAGUGUAUCCAGGGGAGGAAAUUCCUGCAAAUAGGAAAAGACAACUCUGUCAGGAGUUAUGCGUCAGAUAUUCCCACAUUACCUCUUUUGGACCUGCUAGAUCUUGACAGAACCAUGAAAAAGUUAGACAGCCUAGCUCGAGAGGUUGACCAAAAUGACCCAUACAGCCACAAACGUGGGCCAGAGUUUGACCAAAUGACCCUCCAAACCUACCUGAACAACACAUGUUGGAGGGCUGAAUCGAAAGAGUUGAUGUGCAUAGCAGUACGAAGUACCCUUGGUGUAGAGGCACAUGAUAUCUCAAUGCUCUACUUUCUGACAUACGUGUCCUCUGCUGGGGGUCUCAAACAGCUCACCGAGGCCACACCCUAUACUGCACAAGAAUACACUAUACAGGGUGGUACUCAGCAGAUAUCCCUAAAGAUGGCGGGCGCCCUAGGAAACAGUGUGAGACUGGGUGAGCCGGUGACCAGUAUCAGCCAGGCUGUAGACACCGUAACAGUGGAGACAGGUCAUGGCAAUGUUUAUAUCUGCAAGAAGGUUGUCCUGGCUGUGCCACCUAACCAGAUUGGAAAACUGACAUUGGAGCCACCUUUGCCAACUAUAAAAAGGGAACUUUACAAACGAAUGCCUAUGGCAAAUUAUGUGAAAAUCAUUUUCACAUACAAAAUGGCGUUCUGGCGGGAGGAAGGGUACUCUGGUGAGAGUGUGACGAGUGGUGGCCCCUGGACAGCGGGGGCAGGCUGCAUUUGCGGCCCCUUGUGCUUUACAUUUGAUGACACUUCAGCCAAUGGUGACCCAGCAUUGGUGACUUUUGUUACAGGGGCUCAGGCUGUUGAAUGGAGGCAGCAAACAGCAGAGGUUCGCCACAAAGCCAUACUGGAGACAUUGUCCCAGUUUUUCGGUUCCCGGGUUAAUGAGUAUGUAGACUGUCGAGAGAAGGACUGGGACGAGGAACCGUUCUGUGAGGGGGGACCAGUCUGCACCGCUGCACCAGGGGCCAUGAAGUAUUACGCUGAUUGUUUGAGGAAACCAAUGGGAAAUAUCCACUUGGCUGGUACGGAGACUGCGACCGUAUGGGCUGGCUACAUGUCAGGGGCCGUGCAGUCAGGAUACAGGGCCGCUAUUGAGAUACUGGCCAAUAUAAGACCUGGCACCGUAUCCCAGGAGGACAUUGAUGAAAAUGAUAAACCAUUUAAACGGAGCAACUCGUGAAAUUUACGUUUAAUAGGUGCCAUGACAGUACAUGUGUAAGUGUUAAGAGUGUUGUAGUAUAAAAUGUAUUAAACAAUUUUAUUCAUAA